UUGGCGGUAUCAAGUUCUGCGGGGAGGUGGGCUAUAGCCCCGACGCAGCUCUAAUUAUAAUAUAAUAGCUGCUCGUUUUCACGACAGCAUUUUUGACGGGGGAAAGAAGCUUUGUCAGUCUGCUUUAAUUUGUCGCGGUGAUUGGUUGGAUCGGCGGUCUGUCGACGGAUGCGAUCGAUCCUGAGGGUCCUCGGAUCGAACAAGUUGAACGUGGAACGACAGGGGCCGUCCGUCCUCUUUCAUUUCUCUGAUUAUUUUUCUCGCAACGCGGACAAACGUCGAUGACGACGAGGGUAUUCAACGGCUAACGACAAAAGUACCGGAGAACUCUGUUCGAUUCUCGAGAUCACCGUUCUCUGCGUGGAAAAUCGAUCCAGGAGAAACUGCUAGUGUUGCGUGAAAGUUAGCUAGAGCACCGUCAGACUUCGAGUUUCGUUCAACAUGGCGUUGUUGAUACGUCGCAUCUACGAGAUGUACCGCUACGUCAACGACGAACUCUCAGAUCCCAGGACGCAGGACUUCUUCCUGAUUGGAUCACCGUGGGCCUGUUUAGGUAUAGUAGGAUUCUACUUGUACUUCGUGCAGGAACUAGGGCCCAGACUCAUGGAGAAGAGAAAGCCUUUCAAACUCGACAGAGUCAUUCAGAUAUACAACAUUAUACAGAUAGUAUUUUGCGCAUACGUGCUAUACAAGGCGAUGAUACUGGCCUGGCUAUUUCAUUACAGCUUCUACUGCGAGCCAGUUGAUUAUUCCAAUGAUCCUCGGGCGCUCGAGAUAGCCAAAACGGUCUGGAUGUACUUCAUGGCGAAGAUGUUUGAUCUCGUGGACACCGUAUUCUUCGUCCUCCGAAAGAAACAGAACCAAGUAUCCUUCCUCCACGUCUACCACCACUCGGGGAUGGCUUUUGGUACCUGGGCGGCGACCAAGUUCAUGGCGGGAGGACACAUCACAUUUUUAGGUACGCUCAACUGUUUCGUUCACGUGGUGAUGUACAGCUACUACUUAGCGACGUCCUUCCGAAUGAGCAAACCCUGGUGGAAGAAGUACAUCACCCAGCUGCAGUUGACCCAGUUCUUUCUCAUAUUGGUGCACUUCAUACUACUGGCCUGGGUGGACGACUGCGGUUUCCCUAAAUGGGUGGCAGCCGUGCUCAUCCCCCAAAACCUCUUCAUGAUUGUCCUGUUCGGCGAUUUCUACUACAAAGCCUACAUAAAAAAGCCCCGCCCCAAGGUCGCGCAAAAUGGUUUCUCGGCUGAAGGAUCGAACGGAAAUCUAAAGAGCCAAAAUUCGUUCGAGUCAGUGUCCAGUAAAUUCAUCGACAUGACCAGCAUAAUUCGCGAGGUGGUGAACAAUUACGAGGAGUUCGCGGAGAUAACCAAAGAAAUUAACUUGGACUCGUGGACAAUGAUGUCGUCGCCUGGACCGAUGCUUUGCAUCGUAGCAUGCUACCUGGCGUUCGUCCUGAAAAUCGGCCCCAAAAUGAUGGAAAAGAGGCCGCCCUUUCAAGUGAAUUCCCUGCUGAUCGCCUACAAUGCUUUUCAAGUAGUCUUCAGCGUUUGGUUAACCCUUAAGGGAGUAGAUCCCAGAAUCUGGAAGGUAAUCAUAUCGCCUAAAUGCAACGCGGCUCAAACAUCCAAGGACAUAGAUCUCCAAACUGCGGUAGUGGCGACAGCUUACUGGUACUUCAUAGGAAAACUUACCGAGCUUUUGGACACGGUGUUCUUCGUCCUGCGGAAGAAGCAAAAUCAGGUCAGCUUUCUGCACGUUUAUCAUCACACGGUGCUCGUCGUCUUCGGCUGGGUGUACGUCAAGUAUUUACCAGGCGAGCAAGGCGCUAUGCUCGGUAUCUUGAAUUCCUUCGUUCACAUCGUCAUGUACACGUACUACUUGAUCGCUGCUCUGGGUGCAGAGUACAAGAAAUACUUGUGGUGGAAGAAGUACAUGACGUGCCUCCAACUGGUCCAAUUCGUCAUGAUGCUGUGCUAUCUGAUGAUGACCCUCGCGAUGGACUGCAAGGUCCCAAAGACCCUCACCUACUUCUUCAUGGCGAACGUGGUGCUCUUUCUCUACCUGUUCGGCGACUUUUACAGAAAGAGCUACACGAAAAAGAGCAUCUAAUGUAUACCUACAAUGACUUUAUCCAGGCGCGAACGUCUGCCGUAGCAAUCGUCUUUGAACGCACGUCGGAUGUCGAUCGCCUAACGGUGGAAAAGAGGAAAAGGUACGGAGACUGCACGGGCAGAAAUGGAAGUCGUAUCGAGGUCAGAGCGCGUCGGCAGACGGCGUCAAACCAAUUAGGAUGCCAGUAUCCGAAGGAUACGAAUUCAGAGUUCAUUCGGGGAAAUCGGUUUCACUGUUUCCGAGGCAAAGCCGCGCGAGGUAACGGGGCUCGAGCAGCAAUCUAGGCCAUUAGGUCCACAGUCGAUGCGUUGCUCGAAGAAGCGUCGAAGAAGCACGACGCACGUGCGGGAAGAGGUUGGCGACACCGGAGGAGCCUUGACCAAGUCUGAAUCGCCGCAGGCUUUGGGUUUUGGUUCAACUGGGCUACGAUCCGAGAAAGAAAGCAAGCGAGAGAAGGCCGUGCCCCCUCAGACGUUGCCACGCAUUCCCAGAGAAACGGUAACUGCUUUUUCUUUGAGCUACAAGACUGCUUCGACUUCGAGCAUACGGAUUCAUCUGGAAUUCCAACUGACCGUGACGCACCUACCUAGCCUUUGUACGCCGGAUUCUGUUUUCGAUGAAACAGCACGUGGUUGGAUCUGGGAACGUCGCCAUCGAAGCCUUCUUCCGUUUUGUCGCUGAAACAAUGAAUGGAACACAUAGCCGUUAAUUAAUCUCCCAAAGUUCUAUACGGAGCUGGAGAGAUUGCCUCCGACGAGGAAACAUCGCCUGUCAGGAGCGAAUUUCGAUGGAACUUUGCUCGAAUGACGAAUGGGUUUCCUUUUUCCUGGAGACUCGUGAAUUAUCAGAAAAAAUAGUCAAUAAUUUUUACCUUUGAAACUGGGUUCCAUUCAGAGGCAAUCCUUUCAGUUCCUCGAUAGAGGUACAUACAUAGUUUGCGUUCAGAUGGUCUCAGGGAGUUCUAUAAUCUCGGAAUUUCGAGAUAAUACACUGGGAAGGAUCGUGUCGCUCGACGUUAAAUAGGAUAAUUAUUCCAGGUAAAAACUCCAAGUAAAAAUACCAGGUAAAAAUCGGUCUCCAUACGAUCGAUCGCGUCGAUUCGCUCGAAAACAUUAUUGCGUCGACGAGAUUUCCUUGUUUUUGAGCGAACCAACGAGCUGUUUUAUCAAUGCAACACAUCUGUCACGAUUGACGGCACUUAUCGUAAAUAAAAACGUUGCCGUCGAUCGUGAUACGUGAAUGGAUUUUUGUGUAUGGAUAUGUAAAUACAUGGUAUUAUUUAUUGAUAUUUA